CCGUGAUUAGCUCUGCUAGCUUCACGCCUGCGCUGUCUAGUAGCAGCUGAACUGUUUACAGUGCGACAUUUCUGCAAAGUGUCUUAAAACGACCUGGAUAUUUUCACUUUCAUCACUUUAACUUAUCAUCAUGAAGCUGCGAGUUCGGAUCAACCGGCAGACCAGCAGGGUGGAGUUACUGGGAGAAGAGCCCAGUUUGACAGAGCUCAUUGAUCACAUCAAGGGGACCGUUUUGCCUUCUCACGGACUCGGAGCAGACGCAGAGUUCAGAUUGUCUCUGAACGGCUCGGAGUUUCUGUCAGACACCGGUCAGACUCUGUCGUCCUGCGGCAUCGUGUCCGGAGAUUUGAUCUGCGUCGUCCUGCCUGAAUCUGCAGCCGCCAGCUCCGCCAACACGACAGCCUGCAGAACAGAGAACCAGAGGCACCAGCAGAACCAGCAGAACCUGCAGAACCAGAGGCAACAGCAGAACCAGCAGAACCUGCAGAACCAGAGGCAACAGCAGAACCAGAAGAACCAGAGGCAACAGCAGAACCAACAGACCCGACAGACCGCUGCCACGACGUCCAGCCAGCCCAGCAGCAGCCCUGCAGCACCCACGGAGGCUGAGACCGGUGAGAUGUUGGACUCUGGACCUUCGGUGUCCAGCUGGGAGCCGAUGCUGUGCGGCGAGGCAGAGGAGGGUCAGGCUCCCCUCUCUCUGGAGCUCCUCUACCACUCGGCCCAAACCGCCAGUCCCAGCGACGCCAUCGUGGUGGCCGGGAACCUGCUGAUGCUGGAGACCGGGUUUGUUCCUCAGGGCUGCGAGCUGAAGCCAGGUGAGAUGCCUGCAGGGUGGAGGUCUGCAGGUGGAGUCUACAAACUGCAGUACACUCAUCCUCUGUGUGAAAACAGCCUCGCCAUGGUGGUAGGCGUGUGCAUGGGCCCCGUGCUCGUCAUCAACGCGACUCUGAAGGUGAACGAAACGGUCGACACGGUCCGCAAACUGUGUCUGAAUCCAUCCAGCUACGUGACCGACGCCUGGCCAGGAGAAAGUGCAGCGGCUGCUUUCAAAGACCUGAACAAGCUGUCCAGGACCUUCAAAGACCAGCUGGCGUACCCGCUGAUCGCUGCCGCCAGAGAAGCGAUGGCUCUGCCGGUGGCGUUCGGUCUGGCUGCUCUUCCUCCGGAGCUCCUCCUCCGAGUCGUCCGCCUGCUGGACGUCGUCUCUGUGGUCCGACUGUCUUCGGUCUGCAGACGCUUCAACGUCGCCACCGACGACUCGACGCUGUGGAGACACCUGUACCGCCGAGACUUCAGAGAUUCAGAUCCCAGCAGAGCCAGAGACACGGACUGGAAGGAGCUUUACAGACGGUCCUUUAAGAUCCGCUUGGAGAUGCGACGCGAGUCUUGCCGCCACUUCCUCCCUCCUUUCCACCGAACCCCCCGGGACAUCUUCAACCCCGUCCCCGUCCCCCUGCACCCCCCGCUGCCCGGGAUCAUCGGGGGGGAGUACGACCAAAGACCGAACCUCCCCCACGGCCUCCUCCCCCGCCCUCGCUUCGACCCCAUCGGGCCACUGCAUGAUCCCGACGGGAGACUUAUGGGGAACUUCCGCAGAGUCGGACCGAUGAGAGGUCGACCUGCAGACGUCCGACGAGGUUUCAUCUGAUCACGCGUUCUUUUACUGCAACAAUAAAACACACGGAUCCGAA